UUCCCACAUAGCAUCACUUGUAUUUCUCCCAACAAAAGCCUAUAACUCCUUUUUCCUAUUGUCCAAAGCAAACUAAAGAAAGGAGACUUAUCAAGUAUCAGCAAUAUCAACCCCCGAGUCCCAGACUUAGCCAAUUUCAUAUUAAUAUAAUUCUGAUUUGGUGAUUUAAAAAAAACAACCAUUUUCUCCUUUUAAUCCAUAAGAUUUGCGAAAAUGGAUGGUGCAGGCCAAGUUCCUCAAGGGCUAACAGAAGAAGAAUUUGCAGAAUUGGAGCCAUUGAUUCGCAAUUACCAUACCUUUGACCAUCUCCCCAACACUUGCACUUCUCUUAUUACACAACGCAUUGACGCACCCGCGCAUGUUGUAUGGCCCUUCGUCCGCCGCUUUGACAACCCUGAGAAGUACAAGCACUUCAUCAAAAGCUGCAAGAUGACGUCAGGUGACGGUGAGGUUGGCAGCAUAAGGGAAGUGACAGUCGUAUCAGGAAUACCUGCAUCCACAAGUACGGAACGUCUAGAGAUUUUAGACGACGAGAAACAUAUCCUUAGCUUUCGAGUUGUAGGGGGUGAGCAUAGGCUGAACAACUACAGAUCAGUUACAUCAGUGAAUGAGUUCAAGAAAGAUGGGAAAAUUUACACCAUUGUUUUAGAGUCAUACAUUGUGGAUAUUCCAGAAGGGAAUACUGGAGAAGACACUAAAAUGUUCACAGAUACAGUUGUUAAGUUGAAUCUGCAAAAACUUGGUGCGGUGGCAAUGGCUGCUCUGCAUGGACACGAAUUAUAGGUGGAUUUAGUAUUUAAAUUUGAUAGGUUUAAUAUUUAUGUUUCACUCAAUGCACUUUUGUAAUCUUGGGUCAAAGUUAAAGGUUUGUUACAAUUCUAAUAACUUUUCAUAUAUUAUAUGUUGGAUCUAGUUAAAGUCAUGAAUUGUACAUUGUAUCUGCCUCUAAAUUCAUAACGGUGAUGAAUGGUGGCAGUGGGCGGUGAUGAUUUGGCAGUAUCUCUUACACAUUUGC